UCGUGUCCGAUUAAAAUCUUUUUGCACUUCUAGCUAUAAGCAUCGAAAUUUUGGGAUGAUUUCAGAGCAAAAACUUCUAUUUCGAACAGACAGCACGUCAAAUAGCAUGUAGAGCUAAGGAUUGUGGAGAACCGAGGACAACUUUGGGAAUCGUUAUGUCGAGUAUACUCAGUCGUAUUUACAACAGAAAAUCAGUAAUUGUCUUCGGCGUGGUAGUGACUACGUACUUGGUUUAUCGCUACUAUAAGAGUAGAAGGAGGAGAGAUACUUUCGCAGACGAAGACGCAUUCCACAGGGAAAUAAGGAGAAGAAGGGUCGAAAAACUCGUGGAAUUACGGGAUAAACUGGAGCAACUUCUUGGUUCAUUAGACAACUUUCAACCAGAACUUCCUGAUACUGAAGACGAUGAGUGCAUUGUGUGCAACAGUGCCAAGGCCAUCAUUCAAACUUAUCCUUGCAAACACAGAGUUCUUUGUCGCCGUUGUUUUGUCAGAACACUGCAGGUGGCUGUAAAUGACCUCAAUCUUCCCUUAAAGUGUGUGGUCUGUCGUACAAGGAUUCAAACAUUGGACAGAGAUCGUCAUGAAGGAACUACACCUUUGGAACUGUUAGCUUAAAAUAUUUUGUUCUAAAUUUGUGUGAGUCAGAAUUAUUUGUUCAUAAUUUUUGUAAAGGAAAAUUACUAGAUAUCCUUGUCCAACAAGCUGGUAGAUUUUUGUUUCUUCAAAAUGUUUAGGAGAAGGUUUCUAUAACUUCUAAUAAGUGUCUGCACAUUGUACAAAGUUGUAGGGUAGGUCACUUAUUCCCUAAAUAUCAUUGAAAAGUAGGCAAUUUGUUUAGUUACUUUUAGACUUUUGUGCAAUUUCAAUUAAAAAAGUAAUUAGUAGUUUUCAAUGGUUGUCAUUUUCACAGCUCUGGAUGAAAAAACAGAGUGGAACUGCGGAAACCUCUCACUGCUUUUGUCAAUCCUUUUCAUGGCAAUCCUACUCAGUGCCUCAAACUGCAUGCCAAAUUGCAAGCAACUUGGGCCAAUAUUUGUUGUGCAUCCCUUUCUUUUAAAUCUUAGGUCAGAGGCAUGGAUUAUGAAAAAUUUUCAGGUAUUUGUGGCCCUUUCUUGAUUCUUUAUUCUGUUUGGUUGUAUGAAUAACUGUUUUGACAGGGAAAAAAAACAUACAUGACAAGGACAAGGCAUUCACAAGAUAGAUUAAACAUUAGGCUUUUUUAUUGCAUGUAAAAAUUGUUAUUUUGCCUUUGUGAUAAAGACUCCAAAUGCAAGAUUGGAUAAACGUGCGUAAAAAACAGCUACUUCACUAACCACCUUUUUGCAGUUAAUGUUGUUGUUCUGCUGAGAAUAGGUAAGAAAUUCACAAUCUUUAAGAGCUUUUCUUCAGCUAAAAAUCAUAGCUGUCACAUCCAACCUUCUGUUAAGAUCCCUAUCUCCAUCAAGAUACUAUUAUAAACUAUUACUUUACCAUUAUAGGUGGACCUUGAAUGAGGAAAGCAUUUAUGUAAUCUAACAAGAGAAGAAGUAAAAUGUGAAAGCCGAGGCUAGAAUAGAGUAUAACUCUACUGCCAUUUUUUGUAUGCAAUACUUAUGCAUGAUUGUUAUCAUGUACUUGAGUGUACUUUUUCUUGAAUUUAUAAUAAAUAUUGUUGUAAUUUCG